AUGUCGACCAAGCGCAAAUCGGCUGCCAAAGCGGCUGCCAGCGCGCCGACCCUUCAGUCCCGCUCACCCGCCGAGUUCUUUGCCGAGAACAAGAGCAUUGCUGGAUUUGACAACCCAGGCAAAAGCUUGUAUACCACGAUUCGUGAAUUUGUGGAGAACGGCCUGGAUGCUGCUGAGGAGAUUCGCCUUUUGCCGUCAAUUGCCGUGACAGUGACUCGCGUGCCCAAUCACGCCAUUAGCGAUCUGUACGUUCCUUCAGUCUUGCAACGUCCUGAGGAGGAGGCUUUGUUGGCGUCCCAAGCAAGCACGGUACCAUCACCCGCACAGAACACUGGCGAUGAUGGCCAACCCAAGGAGAAAAAGGCCAAGGCCAAGGGAGCCAAAAGCGAAGAACGUGCCUACUACCAAGUCAUGGUGCAGGACAACGGCAUGGGAAUGCCCCACAAAGACAUUCCUGGCAUGCUGGCCAAAGUGCUAUCGGGUACCAAGUAUACUCUCAAGCAAGCUCGUGGCCGCUUUGGUCUUGGAGCAAAGAUGGCUUUGAUCUGGGCCAAAAUGACGUCUGGAAUUGCCCUUGAGGUCUACUCGGCGCGCCCUGAUUCCCAGAGCAUAUCUCACUGCGUUCUGGACAUCGAUUUGCAUCUCAACGAGCCCAAGGGCGUGGAGCCACAUGUCUUGCCAGCUGGGUGGCAUGGUACCUGCAUCGCCGUUGUCAUCCAAGGCAAUUGGUCCGAUGGACACGGCGCGUAUCGUUGGAACAUCAUCAAGUACAUGCGUCGGCUUGCUGUUAUUACGCCGUACGCCGAGUUUUUGCUGCAGUACACCGACACGGACCCUGUUCGCGCCAAGCAGUUGAACAUGAAAGUUCUUUACCCUCGACGAUCUCAAGUCACGCCCGAGCUGCCUCGGGCCAUUCAGCCCCACCCCUCCAGCGUUGAUCUCGUCGGUGUGGAAAACCUGAUACGCCACUUUGGGCACAAACCUUUGCUCAAAUUUCUCAAGACGGCGUUUGCCCAAAUCAAUGACAAGGAAGCGCGUGCGACCAUCGCUGGUCUGGGUCCUCAAUUUGAUGAAGACAUGCUGGCUGGAAGCCUGGUUGGUGCUUUUGAGGAGAAAAUCAUCCCUCGGUCGCCCAAGCUCGUGACCCAUGCAUGCUGGCGAUCACCGUCCAAGGAUGCCCUUUCGCCUGCAGGAACGUACAACAUGUAUCUUGGCAUCAUGAAGGAGCUCAAACCGGAUCUGAUUGCCACUUACGUUCAGCCUGCAUCCGUGUACCAAGGCCACCCCUUUGUGGUGGAAGCGGCGGUCAGCCUAGGCGGCCGCACUGUGACGCCCGGCAUUAACGUUUUUCGGUUUGCCAACCGCAUUCCUCUAAUUUUUGAGGAGCGAUCCGAUGUCAUUACCAAGUCUGCCCACGAACUCAAGUCAGUUUCCUGGGGAUACUACAAACUGAACAAAUCGACUGACAAGAUCGGCGUCUUUGUCAGCAUUGUCAGCACCAAGAUUCCGUUCAAAGGCACGGGCAAGGAAUUCAUCACGGAUGAUAUUCCAGCCAUCAAGAAGGACGUCAAAAAUGCUCUUCAGCAGUGUUGCAGCCAACUCAAGACAAAAAUUGCCAAGCAGCGCGACGACAAGGUUUUGGAUCGACUUCCGUUGCCUCGAUACCUGGCUUCUCAAACACGCCUGCGCGCGUGCACACACACACACACACACACACACACACACACACACACACACACACACACACACACACACACACACACACACUCACUCACUCACGACUUUUCCUCCCCAAUUGGUGCGAACAUAGGCGCUGGCAGAGCGACGAGCAAACUUGCUCAAGUAUGCACCAGCAGUGUGCACAUCUUUAGUCUCGAUUCUGCAAGAGCGGUACGUUCUGGGACAGGCAAUGCGAGGCGUGUGUGUGUGCCAACAUCCGAACAAUGCAAGACAUUACAGAUGUGCUAG